AAUGAGCCUGACACCAGAACAGAAGUCUGCAACAUUAUCAUGCUAUUGUCUUUCAAACCGCCCCAUCAGGCCGUCAAAAGAUGCCUACCCUUUGUAACUCCGUUAAAUCUAACGUCUAUUUAUUGUUUUCUCUAUUAGGAGGCAAGCAGCAAGCAGAAGCAAAUGUCGUUAUUACACCGUCACUCACAACUGUCUGAAUGAACUUGGCCAUAAAAAAUUGCAGGCGUAAGGGCCACCGGGCUACUACUUAAUAAAGCUUGAAGCUUACUGUAAAUGAAGACAAUGCAUUGAACUGACGCUACAUAAUUUCCUCUGUGGAAAACAAAGAAAGCGGAGAUGAGUUUCCUACUGCAGCUACUUUUCUUAACCUUCUUGUUUCUCUGUUUCUCUUACUAUCUUCAGUCUGUUAUGGAUACAGUGAUAUGGAUGUUCUGUUGAAGCUCAAAUCUUCUAUGAUUGCUCCCAAACGUUCAGGGCUCGAAGACUGGGAACAGCCAUCUAAUUAUUCCACUGCUCAUUGCUCCUUCUCCGGGGUUUCAUGCGAUGAAAACUCACGUGUGGUUUCUCUGAACGUGUCGUUCAUGCCUCUCUUUGGUACGAUUCCACCCGAGAUUGGCCUGUUAAACAAGCUUGUGAACCUUACAAUUACCAACGUUAAUCUCUCCGGGAAGCUCCCUUUAGAGAUGGCGAAGCUAACUUCUCUCAAGGUCUUUAACAUCUCCGGGAACGCCUUUAGAGGGCAUUUCCCUGGAGAAAUCGUUCUUGGAAUGACACAGCUUGAAACUCUUGACGUUUAUAACAAUAAUUUCAGCGGUCCACUUCCCACUGAGAUUGUAAACCUCAAGCAUCUCAAACAUCUCAGUUUUGGCGGUAACUACUUCACUGGCGAGAUUCCAGAGAGUUAUUCAGAGAUUCAGAGUUUGGAGUAUCUGGGCCUGAAUGGUAAUACACUUUCCUGUAAAGUCCCAGCGUUUUUGUCUCGGUUAAAGAACCUGAAGGAAAUAUAUAUCGGCUACUUCAACAUCUACGUCGGUGAAAUCCCGGCUGUUUUUGGAACGCUGAGUGAACUCCGAGUCCUGGAUAUGGGUUCCUGUAACAUCUCAGGUGAGAUUCCGCCAAGUUUAAGUCAAUUAAAGCACCUGCACUCAUUGUUCCUUCAACUAAACCGCCUCACAGCGUUCAUAGGGGACCUUCCGAAUCUUGAGGUGCUUCAGAUAUGGGGAAAUAAUUUCACACUGGAACUGCCUCAGAAUCUUGGUCAGAACGGGAAGCUCAUGAUACUUGACGUUGCGUCGAAUCAUCUCACCGGGAUGAUUCCUCGUGAUUUAUGCAAAGGAGGGAAGUUGAAGACUUUGAUUAUGAUGAACAAUUUCUUCUUUGGUCCAAUUCCUGAAGAGCUGGGCGAGUGCAAGUCUCUGACCAAAUUCCGAGUUAUGUAUAACUUUCUUAAUGGAACAAUUCCCGCUGGAAUUUUCAGUCUGCCAUUAUUGAAUCUGAUUGAGUUAAACAACAAUUUGUUAUCCGGAGAACUUCCAGAAAAGAUGUCAAGUGGCUCCCUCAAUCAGUUGAAACUGGCAAACAAUAGUAUAACCGGGAAAAUUCCUGCAGCAAUCGGAAAUUUCCCGAAUUUGAAUAUCCUGACUCUCCAGAACAACAGAUUUGAUGGUGAAAUUCCCAAAGAGAUCUUCAAUCUGAAGCAUAUUGCGACGGUAGACUUCAGUGGUAACAGCAUCAGCGGUGAAAUUCCCCCGUCAAUUUCCAAUUCCAUUUCUCUGACAUCGGUUGAUUUCAGUAGAAACAAUCUCUAUGGGGAGAUUCCAAAAGGAAUUGCUGAGCUGAAAGAUCUGAGCAUUCUUAAUUUCUCAAGAAACCAGCUUACUGGUCCAAUACCAAACGAAAUUCUGUUUAUGACCAGUCUCACUACCCUUGAUCUAUCUUAUAACAAUUUCUUUGGUAAUGUUCCCACUGGAGGUCAGUUUCUGGCUUUCAAUAUGACCUCGUUUGAAGGAAAUCCCAACCUGUGUUUCCCGUCUCAGGUAGCUUGCCCAGCAUUGUCAAAGUCAGUUAAACAUUCGGGCCACAACCAUGCGGCAUCAUUUGGUACUGCAAAGCUAGUAAUCACAGUCAUUGCCUUAGUCACUGCUAUGUUGUUGAUUAUCGUCACGGUUUAUAGAUUGAGAAAGAAGAAACUCCAGAAAUCAAGGGCUUGGAAGCUCACUGCUUUCCAACGUUUAAAUUUCAAAGCUGAAGAUGUGCUUGAGAGCUUGAAAGACGAGAACAUAAUUGGCAAAGGUGGUGCUGGGAUUGUCUACCGGGGAUCCAUGCCAGACGGUGUUGACGUGGCAAUCAAGCGGUUGGUAGGUCGAGGCACUGGACGGAGCGAUCACGGUUUCUCGGCGGAGAUUCAAACUCUUGGUCGAAUCAAGCAUAGAAACAUCGUGAGGCUGUUGGGUUAUGUGUCAAACAAGGAUACCAACCUGUUAUUAUACGAAUAUAUGCCGGUUGGAAGUUUAGGAGAGCUGUUGCAUGGGGCAAAAGGAGGCCAUUUGCAGUGGGAAACGAGAUACAGAAUUGCUUUGGAGGCUGCUAAGGGGCUGUGUUAUCUUCAUCAUGAUUGCUCCCCAUUGAUUAUUCACAGGGAUGUAAAGUCUAACAACAUAUUGCUUGAUUCGGAUUACGAAGCUCAUGUGGCUGAUUUUGGCCUGGCCAAGUUUUUGCAGGACCCAGGUGCCUCUGAGUGCAUGUCAGCCGUUGCUGGUUCCUAUGGUUACAUUGCACCAGAGUAUGCCUACACGCUGAAAGUAGACGAGAAAAGUGGUUACAGUUUCGGUGUUGUGCUGCUGGAGCUGAUAGCUGGGAAAAAGCCAGUGGGAGAGUUUGGAGAUGGAGUGGACAUAGUGAGGUGGGUCAGGAAAAUCACAUCAGAACUCUCUCAACCGUCUGAUGCGGCUGUGGUAAUGGCAGUAGUGGACCCGAGGCUUAGUGGAUACCCACUUACAGGUGUCAUUCAUAUGUUCAAAAUAGCUAUGAUGUGCGUUGAGGAUGAAAGCUCUGCUCGACCCACCAUGAGAGAAGUUGUUCACAUGUUGGCCAACCCUCCCCAGUCUACACCGAGCCUUGUUAGUCUUUAAGUUUAUAUGGUUCUUCUGGUGGAUUGAGUAAAUAAAAACCACAGCAAAUUGUAGUAGGUUUUCCGGCAAGAGAGCCAUACUUAAAUAGUGGGACAAGGCUGUGUCUUGUUUGGAUGGAAGUUGUAUAUUUGUGUCUCUUGUGAAUGUGAUUGUUUUGCCAGUCGCAGCUUUUUUUUUCUACAUUCGAUGUGUUGUAAUUAGAUUUUGGGUAUGAUAUGAUUUGAAUUGGUAUGAA